AGGCUACAAUUGCUCUUCUCUUUAAAACCCUCUUGGCAAUUGUGGCUCGGUACUUGCUGUUGUAACUCCUUAUUCCAUUCUAGUUUUUUUUAAAGGAGUAAAGCGGGACAGGGGUGGGAGUGUUGGUUUCCAUUGUCAUGCAGCAUUUGGUUACAAGUGUUAAUGUUCCGUAGUCCUACACUUGCAGAUCAAGGGUAUCUUGAAAUGAGAGUAUAAUAUCAAUACUGCUAAAAUCUGCAUGUCCUCUGUGUGACUGAUACAGCGUUGCUAUUUCAUUUUUUUAAAGUAUCAGAAUGAAAGACAAAAAAUAAGAGAACCUAGUUGGGAAUAGUUUGUCAGCCCUUCCCCCAGACUAAUUCAGAAUUGACUCACCGGUAUGCUUGAGAACUGCAGUUAGUUAACUUUGUUACCUUCCAGCUAGGGGUGCUAGCUGUAGCUUAGAGGUGCAGUAGGCGGAUAGCUUUAGCAGUAAACUUUUCCAAUUUCAUAAACAUUUUUUGCAACCACAAAACCUGUAGCACACCACCGUACGAGCGAUGAGUAUGUUGGCAUUUUCAGUUGACAUAUGUAAAUAUUACAGUGUUUCCUCCAAAUAAUUAACAUUUCUUAAAAAAAAAAAAUAUAGCAUCACCAUUCAGAAGCUUGUUUUGGGGAAUUGAUAGUUAUUAAUGUACAUCUGUAUUAAUUGAUGGCAAACAUAACUGAUCAUUCCCCAGAAUCCUAUUUUUUCAUUGCAGUAUCUAACUUUUUGCCUCCUCUUUUUUGGUUUUGCUGGUUAUAAAGGUUUGGAUUGGAGAGGGCUCACUGGAUCCCAAUCCUUGGAGCUGGAUCAUUGGAUUCAAAUCAUAAUGUGGAUAGGAUAGGGAGGCUGAAUGGCAAGGAUUCAUGGAGCGGGAUCAGAUUACCAGGAACGUAGGAGUGGAUUCCUGCCCCAACCAAACCGCAUUCGUGUGGAUUUUUUUAUUCAACUCAAUUGGCUAUUCCAAAGAUUUUUCUUUCCUAUUUUUGACGAUUGGAGCCCUUAUGAUGCACGAUGGAGUUUUUCAUUUUUUGGUAAAAGGAGCAAAGCGAGGACCUGGAGAGGUACGCUGGAGCAAUCUCCUUGGAAGGAUUCAGCACGAGUAGAUGGUAAAUGUGAAAUGGGAAAAAGGGGGGUUUGUUUAAACAAAAAAAAAAAGUCAUUUCUCUAAAUUUAAAGUCAAAAAUUGGAGUUAAAGAUUAAGUAGGCUUUCAAUUGGCUAUUGCGUUUUUUUUCUUUGACAAAUAAAAUUUUUAAAAAAUCAUGCAUGGUUGUCAUCAUUUGUUGAUUGGAAAGUCUCUGCUUGCCACCACGAGCUGCAGCAUUGUUUGCGUUAGCAGACAAAAGGCUCCUGUGUUCAACAACGAUCUGCUGUUCCGCAGGAAGCGCCCGUGUUUGAGCUCCUGCAUGAAGGAGCGGUGCCCUGUGGGACAUGGAUGGAAUGUGUUAGCUGGGGGAAAAGAAGGACUUCUAACUGCUAACAAAAGGUGCUUUGCUUUUGGUAAUGAUAACAACCGAAGUGAUCGUGGAAGAGAAGCGUGAGAUCAGCCAGGCCCUGCAUUCCCCUCUGCCUUCCUCAGAAACUGCUCGGGCACUGCAGGCUGUGUCCCCACACCUGGGUUCUCCAGUGCUGGCAGACUUGGAGGCUGCGUGCAGAAGGCACAUCUAGUAUGGAGGAUGUGGAUGUUCCUUUGGUUUCCUGAUGAGCUGCCCGGAUCUGUUUGAAGAGGAAGUCGAGGCCGCGUGGAGAGCAAAUAGAGAAGGCACGAAGUUGGGAAAGCAGCAAAAGGGAACUGCCCCUGGCAGCGGUCUCCGUGACGCCAUCCCCGCUUAUUGACACACUGAGGGCUCUUCAGCCGCGCAGAGCUGUGAAAUUCAGAGCACGCGGCGUCGCUCCAGGAGCGGAGCAUAAACAGAGCGGGGCUCCUCCAAAGCUGAAAUAUUUGACGACGUUUUCUAUUCUUAGCCAUCCGAGCACACGCUCGCGGAACGGAGUCGGAGCGCUGCGUGUCGGCGGGCAGCCACGGGCUGGGGAAGCGCCGCGGCUUCCGCGCACGGCGGGGAACGGUGCGGGUCGCCGUGCGGGGCUCACACCCGCGCUGCGCUCUUGGAGCCGCGCGAGAGGCACGGAGAGCGGAAACGCCGAUCCCGCUUUGGUGGCCCGCAGCCCGCGAUGGGAGCCGACACCCGGGGUGCCGCAAGGGGACGGCACGGAACUGCCGCCCGGGGAGGGAGCAUCCCAGUGCCACCAUCCCCGCGCACCAGCGCACGACAGGGCAGCUAAUGGCGCCCUCACACCGCGCGUCGUUAACCGCUUCGUGGCUGCCGCGGCGCGGGGAGCCGCCCGGCCCUGCGGGCUUCAUGAGUUAUCCACGGCCGUUCCCUCUGCCAGCCCCGGGGACGGGCGCGCUCCCGGCUGAGGGCCGUCCCACCCCUGGCGGCGGCGGCGCGCGGCUUUGGGCAGCCGGGCGGCAGGCGGUGCUGCUGGCGCUGGGCACGGGGUGCGCGGUGGGUGAGCGGCAGUGCUCCCCUCCUCUCGUGCCGUGCGGGAAGAACGGGGAAGGUUUUGCCCCGAGAGGCAGGAAGAGCUGCCGCAGGCGGGCGCUAAGUGGGCCGGGGGGAUCCCACCGCCCCGCAAAGUCCCGCUGCACAUUCACCGCGCGCCCCGGCGGCAGUGGUGGCUGCUGAUGUUAUCGCCGUCCCCGCUCGGUGACUAAGGCAGCUGGAAGGUACAAGUUAAACAGCGCAGCGCGCCAAGUCACCUGCUGUGUGGGUUUGUCCAAAGCAGUGCCGCGUUAAUUAAGACAGAGGGUUUAAAAUCUAACCUUUGUUUAUUGUGCUUUGGGGCAUAGAAAAUGUAAAUAGGUGUUUUCAAACACUGUGGCUUUUUAUAUUUCCAGUUAUGAUUCUGCACAAAGGGAAGUUUGUCAGGCUUGGCAUGGGCUCGCCCUUUACCAACACUAUCCUGCAGCUCGUGCUCCCCUUGGGGCCGUCUGUGCUGCCCCGCUCCGCUCCCUGCAGCCUUCUGAGUGGGACAUCCCAGCUCUGUGGGGCUGCUCCCCGUCCCCCGCUCACGGCCCAGCCACGCUCAUCGAGAGGAUCCCGCUGCUGCUCCCCAUCCCCUCCCCUUACAACUUAGUAGGGAUGUGCUGAACGUUCUGCUCACUUCUGUUCCUGAAGGUGCUUUAUGCCCUCUCGGUUUACUGUAAAAAUAACCAAAAGGAGUUUGGCCUCCUCCGUACUGAUCAGGAUUUCUUCGAUGACUCAGUGAUACGCUCGGGUGGUUCCCUUCGCCUUUAAUUGAAGUGAGUGUGAGCCCUCCACGAAGAGCCCUCUCGCAAAGCCCCGUUAAUAAGCGUUAACAAAAAUAACCGAGCAGCCGGGAGAAAAGUGCCGCCAGCAGCAGCGAUUUCCCUCUCUGUAAGGGUGGGGUUCCUCUCUCAGCUCUCUGCGGCAGAUCGGAGUGCAGGGCAGGAGAUGACAGCCGCCCGGUGCCCCAUUUGGGCACAGCAUCCCAAACAGGAGCUGACCGGGGUGGGCUGCGGGGACGCCCAAUACCACCGCCCAGUGCAGUCCUUCAUUUGUUGGUAUGUUUGUCCCAGCUCAGGGCUCCUCAGCCCAGGGUCACUAUUUGGUGUGUUCCCCCUCCGUCUGUGUGUUUGGUUGUCCCAGUUCCCGCAGCCCACUGACAACACUUGGUGUGCUCUGUACUGUGUGUAUCAUAGCAGAGCUCUGCGGAACUCUUUUUUGAUGGCAACCAGAUUUUGGCCUUAUCACUCAUCUCCCACACGGGGGUUUUGAGGAAAAAACUGGCAGAUACCUGAAGGCGCACAAAACAGCUGCAAAUGCAGAUGCUGGCACAAGUGCUGCUGUUGUGCAGCAGGGUUGGGAGGUGGAGAAACGCAGUCUGUCCUUUACACCAGGAUGCAGCACUGGGGUCCCUGCCGCGUCCCCUGUGAGCCGGCACACCGCUGCAGCAGCGAACCCAGCCUGCCCAGCGUGCUGCCCGGACCAUCCUUUGCGCUAUCGAUCAUCCGACGCCCAGCAGAGUGAAAGCAGCGCCCAGCUCCCCGCUGAGGGGGGCAGGAGCACGGGACGCAUCACUGAGGUGAACCAGACGGAGCCCCCACGCUGAGCUCGGGCUCCGUGGAAACCGACGGUGACAAACAUCGGUGCGCGUCUGUGCAUAGCGAUGGGGCAGACGCUCACACGGCCAGGGGCUGAGCGCGGCGCCGCGGGGCUGGGCCUGGGAACGGCCGAGAGGAGCUGCGGGCAGAAAGGGAAAGCGCCGUCCUCAGCCCGGGCUCCCCGUGUCCCGGCUCCCAGACGCAGCCCCGUCCCUGCAGGCAGCGCCGCGGCUCCGAACCCUCACACGGCCGCGUCGGACCCACACGUGCGCGCUCCCGGCAGCGCCGUGGGGCAGCGGCCCCCCCCCGGAGCGCGGCUCGGCCCCAAUCCCGCCGCUCUCGGGGCUGCGCUUGAUGUGUGUAAACACAUAAUUAAGGGCACACGAAGCGUCCCAUCACCAACAGCAGGCAGCGCCGAACAGCCUGUUGCCUCUCCUGAGCUCUGCGGUAGAGCCACCCGAUCAGAAGCCGAUUCUGCCCUUACCGAUAACGCAGAAACCUCAACCCGCACCAGAAACAUUAAAGGAUGCUAUUGUUGGGAUUAAAAAGGAAAAACCUAAAACCUCCUUUGUGUGCACUUACUGCAGCAAGGCUUUCAGGGACAGCUACCAUUUGAGGCGCCACGAGUCCUGCCACACGGGGAUAAAAUUGGUGUCACGGCCAAAGAAAACUCCCACCACAAUGGUGCCCCUUAUCUCCACCAUCGCCGGUGACAACAGCCGAAGCUCCUUGGUGUCCACCAUCGCGGGCAUCCUGUCCACGGUCACUACGUCUUCCUCCGCCACCAACCCCAGCAGCAGCGCCGGUGCCACGGCCAUGGCAGUGACGCAGACGGUGAAGAAGCCCAGCAAGCCCGUCAAGAAGAACCACGCCUGCGAGAUGUGCGGGAAGGCCUUCAGGGACGUGUACCACCUCAACCGGCACAAGCUGUCCCACUCGGAUGAAAAGCCCUUCGAAUGUCCGAUUUGCAAUCAGCGCUUCAAGAGAAAGGAUCGCAUGACCUACCACGUGAGGUCUCACGAGGGUGGCAUCACGAAACCGUACACCUGUGGUGUUUGUGGAAAAGGCUUCUCGAGGUACCAUGUAGAAAAUCCCAGGCCUGAUCAUUUAAGCUGUCACGUUAAACAUGUUCAUUCAACAGAGAGACCCUUCAAAUGCCAAACGUGCACUGCUGCCUUUGCCACCAAAGACAGACUGCGGACACACAUGGUGCGCCAUGAAGGAAAGGUAUCGUGUAAUAUCUGUGGUAAACUUCUGAGUGCAGCAUAUAUCACCAGCCACUUAAAGACACACGGGCAGAGCCAAAGUAUCAACUGUAAUACCUGUAAACAAGGCAUCAAUAAAACAUGCAUGAGUGAAGAGACCAGCAAUCAGAAGCAGCAGCAGCAGCAACAGCAGCAGCAGCAGCAGCAACAACAACAGCAACAACAGCAACAGCAGCAGCAGCAACAGCAACAACAACAGCAGCAGCAGCAGCAGCAGCAGCAUGUAACAAGUUGGCCUGGAAAGCAGGUAGAGACCUUGAGAUUGUGGGAAGAGGCCGUCAAAGCAAGGAAGAAAGAAUGUCAGUUCACCUUUGAGAAGGCUAUAGAGUACGUACCAUUCGAAGCUGCUAACUUGUGCCAAACCUCCACUGCUGCUACUACGCCUGUGACUCUUACUACUCCAUUCAAUAUAACGUCCUCUGUGGCUUCUGGGACUAUCACAAACCCAGUCACAGUGGCAGCCGCAAUGAGCAUGAGAAGUCCAGUAAAUGUAUCAAGUGCAGUUAAUAUAUCCAGUCCGAUGAACCUAGGGCAUCCUGUAACUAUAACAAGUCCAUUAUCCAUGACAUCUCCAUUAACGCUCACCACACCAGUCAAUCUUCCCACCCCAGUAACCGCUCCAGUGAAUAUAGCACACCCAGUCACUAUCACGUCUCCCAUGAACCUCCCCACACCGAUGACGUUAGCUGGUCCCUUAAAUAUAGCAAUGAGACCAGUAGAGAGCAUGCCUUUCCUGCCCCAGGCCUUGCCCACGUCUCCUCCCUGGUAAAGAAUUUCUCAACAGUAUUAAAAGGAUUAAAAUGGAAUCCUUACCAGCAGUUCUUUUUUGGGGUUUGUUUGCUUGUUUUGUUUUGGUUUUGUUUGUUUUUUGUUUUUCCCCUUCCCCGCCCCACCCCUCCCCUUUUUUUUUUUAAGUUAAUAAUAAAUUCAAUGUAAGGCACCGUGGUAACGCACCGUCAGAGAGCGUAGUAGCAUCUUCCCCUGUUGAUUUGGCUCGUGUGGUUCAAUCUUGAGUUUCACUGGAGCACUUCAUUAACGUGAGUUGUACCUUUUAGCUGACUGAUGACAAUUAGAGCAGAUACGUAUUUGCCAGAGGUUUUUUGUUGUUUUUUUUUAAGGAAGUCAUUAAAAACCAGUUUUAUGUUUUAUCCCCCGAAUAACUUAGACAAUUAUUUUAAUCUAAACACUAGCAAAGACCCCCUUUGUAUCUUUAAGAGGGCAGAUGGCUAAUUGUAACUUGCCAGUCCUUAGGUCCGUUUUUUUGGGCUAGUGUAGAAUCUUUGUCUGUGUUGAUGGUAUUUUUGUUUUGUUUUGUUUUUGGUUUUGGUUUCUUUUUUUUUUUUUUUUAAUGAGUAAAUGAAUUACAAUGUUGUCAUUUAAAAAAUGCAUUUUGGAUGAAAUAUGCAUUUUACCUUUGGGAAUAUGAUAAUUUCAGGCAGCAUUCCCUAUGGGAAAGGUGAUACCAGCUCUGAUAUGCAAAGCAUAUGAUAACUUAUCAUUCUAACUUCAACAUAUAAUAGGGAUUGUGACCUGAUAUUUGGAGAUGUAAAUAUUACCCAACAUAUUACCCUAAGGGAAUAUAGCAUUGUAGUCAACAUUUUUAAAAAAACAAACUGUUAUUGUUUGGUGAGAAACAGCCGUGGCUGACAGAAGAGGAGUCGAAAUGUAUGUAAGCAUGGUCUCUGAGCAGUCAGACCCCUAUGGGACUCUUACCUAGGAGCAAAAGGAGUGCUUUGAAACUUAAGAAACAUUGCUUUAAGCUGGAAGAUUCUGGAGGCACUGGGUGUGAUUUUUAUGCCCUCUGCCUCCCAAUCAGAACCUGCUGGUGUUACAGCAGGGGACAGACGUGUUAGUUGUUCACUAGAAGUUUUGUCUUAUAUUAAAUUGUAUACAGUUUUUAUUCUAACCACUAACUAGGUAGGAUGCCCCUUCAGGACAAGCAGAGAGCGUCUUUUAAUUUCUCCCCUAUUUCUUAAUCAAGUGUUGUGCAAAUCUGUUCAACUUUGUAAAUAUUUGCAAACAUCAUCAUUUUUACGUUAUUCUUCUAUUGUGUUAACACAUUUCUAUCAAUUUGUGGGAGUUCUGGGGUGACGGCCUGAACUGUCUAGCCCAGAACUACCCUACAAAUGGUCACACAUGUUUAAGCUACAUGUGCUUUUUAUUUCUUAACCUGUUUAUCUGUACAUAACGUAGAAAGCAAAAUCUAGGGAAACAGAUAUACUUUUUAGACUAUCAUGUCACAUAUUCACAUUUUUAAAACUUUGUUUAAAAAAAAAAACAAAAAAAACCCCCACCCUAAAACCAAGACUCUACAUUAAAAAAACAAAUAAUAAUGAGUUGAGAUGUUUUUAUUUUAAUGAAGCUGAAAGCUAUGGAGAUUAGCGUGUGCGCAUUUUCACAGAGUGCUAGCAGGACUGACUAGUCAAAAUGGACUGCUUCCGUUCCUACCCUGCCGUGUCAGUACAAGCAGUGAUUGCCAGACUUCUGGGUCAGGUGACAGGUAUCUGUAUCAUUACGUGAAACUGUUCUAGGGGCUUGGACUACAUAGUAAAACAAAAACAAAAAAAAAAGAGCUUAGUGUAAAAUAAUUUUAUAAAUGAUCUUUUGUACUUUAGGACAUCAAAUUGUACAACUUUUGUAUAUAUAAAAGCUUAGGAACUUUCUGUUUAGCAGAAAGGAAACACAUUCCUACACUUUUAAUGUAUAUGUUUGUUAUAAUGUCCAUGUAAACAUAUGCCCUAUGUUUGUGCCUUUUAAUUAGUUUGUCUCAAUAAACAAAAAUGUAGAGAAGAA